AUGUUUGUCGGCGCAGGUCUUUGCAUCAUAGUCGUCGUUCGUCAGCCCUGGUGAAUUUUGUGCAUUGAAUUUUAAGCAUUUAAUUAAUAAAAAAAUAAAUAAAAACUUUAUUAAACAGAUAUAUAAACUAUAAAUUUGAUGGAAAUCAUUGAAAAUUUAAUGUAACAGUUAAAUCGAGUGUUUAUUGCUCUAAGCAAAGUUGUGUAAAAAUACGUUCUAUUCGUGAGAUUUUCAUACAAAACGAAGAAGAAUAUGAAAUGGCAAAAUUAAGCAAUAAAACUUUUGCAGACGUGCAUAUAUAUAAAAAGAAACCCGAAAAGGUGCUACAAAAAAUCGACGUCUGAGAAAAAAAAUAAAUUGUUGAACAUAACGAAGUUGUAAAAAAGUUAUUAAAACGUUAAAUCUUUUAAUAUAAUUUAAUUUUAAUUAUUAUUUUUAUCCGGAUAGAGACGAAAUACGAGUUGAAAUUACUCCAAUUUUUCCAUAGGUGUAUUAAAAAAGAAAGAAAAAAACAAAAAAACAACGAGGUCGUUUAAUGCAGACUGACUAUUCAUUGGAAUCACAUGAAGAAAAAAACUUAUACUGCAUUAUAUGAAAGUUCGAUAAUUUUGCCGGUUAUAUAUACAUAUACUGAAAUAAGCAUUACUCAAUAGUCCAUUAACAAAGCAGUUAAACAAAGUGUUGUCUCUUUGCUGGCUUCUUUUUUGAUCGUUUCAUUAAUUGAUCCUAAGUUGUUGAAGAACAGUUCAAUUUAAUGGCAUUUGUUGAAAUAUCACACCUACUGACUGCGUCACCGCCGCUGCUGCUGACACCAUCGUUGUUGCUGCUGUCGCUGUGUUCUUUUUUUGUUCACAAAGAUGAACAAUGAAAGUAUUAGAUCGCCUAAAAUUAGUACAACAGUUUCAACUACGUCUACAAACAAUAAUUACUCUACAGGCAAUACCAGCAGUAGUACGACAACAACAGCAACAUCAUUUUCAUCAAUAUCAUCAUCGCCAUCAUUGCCGUUGUCAUCUUUUUCAUCUUUAGCACCACUAUCGUAUUCAACCUCAACACAAUUUACUGUCAGCGCUAUAGCUGCAGUGGUCAAUGCAAGUAACCACUUGCCCGUUACUACGCCCCCCAACGCUGCUGCUGCAGUUGUCGCCGUUGCAGUUUCUUCAUUAGCUGCAGCCAUAAUUCCUGAUACACCAAUUGUAUCGAUUGCAGGUUCGACUUUAAGUGAAAUUACAACAACAACAACAUCAACGAAAACUACACCAACUCCUGUACCCACAAGCAAGGAGACAGAUAGAAGCAACAACAACAGUAACAGCAACGACACUUUGAAUAGUAAUAGCAAUAAAAAUACAAAUAGUAAAGAUUUACAAAAUAAAACACAGCCUUCGUCAUCAUCUUCCACUGAACACCCAUCAUCGUUAUCAUAUUCAACAUCAAGAGCAUCCGCAAAGGGUUUAAAUUCAAUGUCGGUUGCCAAUUCAUCUGUUACGGGCGCAUUAACGAACGCCUCAACUACGGCUGCUAAUGCUGCUGCAGCUGAAAUUGAAAAUAAUACUGUCAGCACGAAGCAGACAAAAGACAAUUUAACCGGUAGUACUGUAAAGGGGUCUUCUUCCACAACCAGCAGCGGGCCAACAAUUAUCAAAUCUAAUUCAUUGCCAACAGCAACAGAAUCGAAAUCAAUAGCAGCAACAACUUCGUCAAAUUCAUCGUCUUCACAGCCAGUAGUUGUUAAUACUACCGCUUCUGCAAGCAAAACUGAUGAUAUCAAUGUCACACCUAAUGAAACUAAAUCAAAGGACUUUUUAUCUGAAUCAUGGGAAGAGAGCCGCCUAAAAGAUUGGGAUGACAGCAAACUCAAAGAAUUAUUAGAUGAAGCCUAUUCCUACAAAAAUCCUAGAGAUAAAGAAAAUAAAAGUAAAACAUUUUUGCAAUUACUUGAAAAGGCAGAAAAUGAGGAUCAAUCAUAUCCUUUCCGUGUAACUUCACGUGGAUCGCGCAAUUUAUCCAAUUCAAUAACGUCCAACAGUUAUCAUCAUUAUCAACAGAGCCAUAAUCAUAAUCGUUCUCAUCAUCACCAUAAGCAGGGUGGAUCUCUGCAAGAUCUCUUAGAAAUCGGUUUACAUGAAUCACAAUUGGAUUACGAUCAAACAUUUGGUAUUGGCAUCAGUGGCAAUCAGCGCACACGUCGACAAAAUCACAACUCAAGACAGAAAAAAUACUCCUCGUCAGUGUCAUCACGACAACGUGAAGGUGGUAGUUUGCCAAGUAACGUUAAUGUAACGCAUCAAUUGAGCGUUGGCGGCAGUGGUGGUGUCGUUAAUGAUUUAGGUUUAAUGCAGCAAGAAGGAGGGACUCCAGGAACUGCCACUUCAUCGACUACUGGCAAAGUUAACAAAAAAGAACAACGGCGCAACGCUUCAAAAGCUGCAUCUACGACUACGGCUGGUAGUACUGAAAUAAAAGAAAACCCCUCUUCAAGUAGUGUUGGAGAAUCUGCUGUUACUACUUCGGAAAAUACAACAACCACCGCAAAUUCCGCAUUUACUGCUUCUGGUGGUGAUUUUAUCAUUGACAUGGGGGAACCCAUGAUGGAUAUACAGCAACAACAGAAAAUACUACAAUGCAAGGGUCAAGAUCCAGCCACACAGGGACAUUCAUUUUACGAACGUUUAGCCAAUACUGACAAACGUAUACCUAGAGCCAAUAUUGGUUCAAAGAAGGGCACUAAUUUUACUCCGACUACUUCACAGGUGUAUGUCGAUGAAACGGUACGUUUCAAUGCAUUGGAACAGAAUGGUGGCACAAACAAUGGUCCAACUUCAUCACAAAUCGAUGCAAAAUUUUUACCCUUAGACGAAAAUUACAAAUCCUGCAAAUCUGUUUUAGGUAGCAAUGGUGAUAAAUCACCAGAAAUGCUUGCCAAAUCAAAUUCGAUUUAUACAAAAAUAUCUUCACCUGCCUCUGCUGGUUCCGCUGUUUUGACUGGGACCACAAACAAUAUUACAACCUUGACACAACGUCAACUUGAUGAGAAUGGUAAUGCUCUCAGUGAAUUGUAUCAGAAUUCCUCCGGUGCUGGUUCAGGCUCUGGGGCAACAAUACAAAUAAAUGCUGUCUCACCUACAGCUGCUAAUGCGUCUGCCGCUUUAUUGAAUUCUUGCGGCAAUGUAUCGACCUCAGCCACUGUAACCAUAUCGCCACAUACCGCAUCAACCACAGUCUCAACGUCGGCUACAGUUACUACAACAUUUACCUCUGGACCUUCGCAGGCGAAGGCUAAAGCUAAGAAAAAGUCUCAACAGGAACGCAAUACGAAAACUGUAGAUGUUGAGUCCGUAGCCGGCUAUCGAGGAAAAGAUCCAGUUGAAGAAUUGGUCAAAUAUAUCGAAAGUAGUGGAGAGGAUAAACAAGCAGGUUCAGGCUCUAAGUCGGGCGAUAAGAAAAAGGAACGCAAAAAGGACAAGGAAAAGCACCAAAAACUUAAGAAAAGUAAUUCUCUGGAAGAAUUACGCAGCGGUGCUAAAAUGGAAGUACAUGAACUUAAGAGAACUGCAGCCACAACUGAAAGUAAUGCUGUACUGGUACGACAAAAAAGUGGUGGUGCUGGUGGCGGUAAACAGAAUAAAAAUAAUUCAUCUUCUACGGCUGACAUCAACAAGAAUUUAGAGGGGAAAAACACAACACAAACAGCAACAAAUUCUCGUAAAUCCGAUCGCAGAUCGUGGGGAAAUGAAGACUUGAAAUAUUUGGAAGAUCAGCAGAAUGCAAAUUUAACAAACGAAGAGAAAACAGCCACUGCUGCUACUUCAGCAUCAGCUAAAGAACGUAAAAGUAAAGUGGCUGGUGGUUGCUUGCCAACGUCUUCAAAGGAAGAAAAGGAAAUGAAAGACAAAACUAAUGAACGUAACGAACGUAAUUUGGUCAAUAACGUUACGCUCACACCUACAAUACAAAUUGACAAAUCUGAUAAAUUGGAAAAAAUCGAAAAAGCUGAGAAAUUGGAAAAAUCGGACAAAUGUGAGAAGAGUGAAAAUAAAUUGGAGAAAUCGGAAAAACGUAAGAAACAAGAUAUUCCACCAAAUGCUGUUACUGUGGUCGAUAUUCUAGCCAUAGAAUCAGUACUACCAGAAACUGCCGAAUUUCACGUUGUUACCAAGAAGAAAAAACCCAAAAAACAAAAGGUGAUCAACAAUUUAGAGGAAACUACCGUCACUUUCAAUCGUACGCACAACUUUACCAUGCAAAAAACAACAACAUUUAAUCAACAACAGCAACAAAUGACUGUUCGUUACAAAUAUUAUCACCAUGAUAAUUCAUCGAACACUGGUAUUUCAAAUACAAAUACCAGCAGUCAAAAUAAUCAUCAACAGCCAUCAUCACAGCAGCAGCAGCAGUCAAGCAAUUUUAACUCGAAUGCUGUUGGUGCAAUCAAUUCUCAUCAUCACCAGCAGCACCAAAAUCAGCAACAACCACAACAACAGCAACAUAAUUCAACUGAAAGUUAUACUAAUACUACAGAUAAGUCUAGACGUAAAUCAACUUCAUCCGUGCCACCUUCAGAAAAAUCUGAUUCAAGUGAUCUCGAUUCGGUUCAUUCAUUACCAAUUGAAUCAUCCAAUAAAGCAAAUAAUAUAGCUGUAGCAACAACAACUUCGAAUACGACCAAGGGAGGAGGAGGAGGAGGAAAUACGCAGCAAAGAACAAAAGGUGCUAAAAACAAUAAUAACAAUGCAAUUUUGGGAAAUAGUAAUCCUAAAAAUCACAAUUCACCGGCUCCAAUUUCAUAUGCAGAUAUUGCAAGAACUAAUAAAGAAAUUGCUGAUGCUGCUGCCGCAUCUGCUUCUGGUAUUUUAAUAAACAAUAAUGAAAUGUCCACUGAAUGCAGAAAUGCUGACACUCUUGUACACAAUGCAAUGACAACAACAGAAUCACUUAAUACCGACGAUAAGCCUGCGGCUAUUGUCAAUCCCACGACAACAACGGCAGCCACAGCAGCAAGUGCAGCUACAAAAUCACACAAAGUUAAGAAAUCGCAAAUUAAACAAGAUUUCCCUGAAUUGGCCGGCACGUCUUCAGCUGCUCUCGCUGACGAAAAGAUUCCUAGUACGAAUGUAAAUCAUAAGACUAUAACGUAUUCUCAAAGUUUAACUGCUGUAACAAAUCCUACACAAAACACUAUAUCAACUCAAAGUCAUGCUGCAGUUGGUGGUGGUGCUGGUGGUUUUAGUUCGGGCAGCGAUUCUUCGCCUUCUUCCUCUGACAUUAAUACCAAAGCCUCGCCAACAGAGCUGCAUAAAAAUUUAAUAGUACAUCAACAUGCCAAUAUUCCUCCAUUGCAACAUCCACAGCAGCAGAUUUUGCAAAAAUCCAAAAGUGUUGAAAACGAUUCCAUUAUUUCUUCCACGAAUUCUUCGUCAUCGUCUUCAUCUUCUUCUGCCAUUUAUAUGGCUUCGUUGAAUAGUAACAACUUAGAUCAGCAAUAUCCUGCCCUAGAGAAAACAGUCAAACGUCAUAGUUCAGCCAAUGUAACAAUGAUUGGAACGGCGGCGAAUACGACCAACCAGACGCCAUUUAAUUUUGCGGCAGCUGCUAAGCAACAAAUUGCAGCAAAUGUCUCUGAACAGCAUAAUAUAAAUUCAAAUAAAAACUCAGCCUUAACUACCUCAAAUACUAACAAUAACAGCAACACAAUACAAGCGGCAUUAUUAAAUAGCACCAGCUCUAACAUAAACGCUAACAGCAACAGUGGAAACACCACUAACAACACUAAUAAAAAAUCCAAAGAAAAAACUCCACCAUUACUUUCAUCGACAAGUAAUCCAACUGCUGUAGCAACCACACAGCAACAAGUCAGCCAAGAUAAUAAUGCGACUUCAACAACAGCAGCAACAUCGACAACAAAUCCCAAAAAAUCUAAAAAAGAACGUCAACAGCAGCAUCAGCUGCAACAAAGUUCUUUGGACAGCUCUCAAUUGAAACAAAAUCAAAAUAACCCCAACACUGUAGCUAAUAAAAAGCCAUUAAAAGCACAGUUGAAGUCUUCAAACUCAUUGCCUCUGGGUUUGGCAUCGUCAAUAUCAUCAUCAUCUGUGACUGCUGCCAGUGGAGCCAGUACUACGGCGUUAGUUAAUCGUCCUGCUGUUAUCAUACUUAACGAUGAUCGCAACCCUGUUAGCUGCACCGCAGACAAUCAAUUCACAUUUGGCGACUUCAAUGAAGAAGAAUUAAAAUUAUUUGACGAUGACAAUAAUUCUGCUGCUACUGCUGUUGAAAAUCCCAUUGAUAAUAACGAUAUUAAUGUAAAUCAAACGCAAGAUGAGGACGAGGAGAAACACCAGCACACUGGUAAUAACGAUACAGUAAUAAAGUCACCACAAUCCACAAUGUAUUUCAAUGAUUCUGGAGCCUCGUGUAGCAAUGACAUGGUGAAUAAUUCAACUUCAGACAUGUUAUUAAGUUCAAGCAUUGAUGCGUCGUCUCCCAAUACAUCAUUCGUUGCCAAUAGUCACGGCAAUAAUGGUGGAGGAGCUGUACAUAUGCCAGCGCCCAGUAAUAAUCAGUCCAGUGAUAGCGGUAUCUACACCGAUAAAACAAAGUCAUCCAAUAGCAGUUGUAGUAACAGCAGUAGUAGUGGCGUAGCAGGCAGCAGUGUUGUUUCAGCAAAACAAAAACAAAAGCAACAAAUGUCGCCAACAAAGGAGGAAAAUAAACUAAACACUUUCCUCUCGAAUACCAGAUGUGCUAGUGUUCAUACAUCAAUGGAUAAUUUAGAUCCACCACUACCACCGCCACAACAAUUAGAGACAUGCAAUGAUAUCGAGACUGCUAUUAUUGCGGCAGCUCGUGCAGCUGCUAAACAUCAACAACCGCCACCAACGCACCAUAACCAGCAGCAGCAACAACAAUAUAAAAAUUCAAAUACUUCAUCAAAUUCUAGUUCCUUCUCAUCAUCUUCAAUUUCCUCAUCAACAACGUCAUCUGCAUACCAACAGCACCAUCAGCAUCAACACCACAACAGUAAUAUUAAUAGUAAUAAAAAUUAUCAAAAUCAAUACGGCAGUGGCAGUAGCAGUGGCAAUGUCAUGUCAUAUCAUCAGUCCCAACAACAAUACGAUGAAGACUAUGAUGAUAACGAUGAUGAUUCCUUUGCCAAUAAUACUCCACGUAGCCGCAGUCCUAGUCGUCCAAGACGUAUUUCCAUUGCAGGCGGUACAGUGGCCAACAAAGAGUUUGACAUUCAUUUUAUACCGCCCACAACAAUGCCAACAGCAUUUAGUACGCAACAACAUAAUGACAUCAUUAUUGAUUUUAUUGGUUCUGCAUGGGAAGAAGUCGCAAAUAGCAAAGUUACAAAGGUCUACGAUGGACAAUAAAUUUAUUAAAUAAAUAUGCUGCAGCAGCAUUAUCACUAGUAUUGUAAUACAUAUUUCCUCCAUCUCAAUAUCAACCUGUUUUUUUUUUUUUUGUAAACGCUAUGUUUGGACUUUAAAACAGCCGCCUCCUAACGACAAAAAUCAAGCAAUUAACAAACAAAGUAGAAGAGAAAUAGUUUUUUUUUUUAACAAAAGAACCGUAAACAUUUUUUACGAAUUUUUUGUAUAAUUUAGGCAACAAAACAGACAACGCAGAGUCAGUCGCAGUCUGUCUAAAACAAAACAAAAAAUAAAUGUAUAAAGCAGCAGAGCACAGGAACAAAAAAUGAGGAAAAAGCAUUAACAUUAAAAAGCAACAAGCGUAUGUAUAAUUUUAUUUUUAAAUAGUAUUAAAAUAAACAAAAUUAAAAAUUAAAGAAAAAAAAAAA